CGGCAGCCAUUUUAGUAGAAUUAAAUCUGGGAUUCAAAAAAGUGUCCGCCUGGCAAUGGAAGCAACAUUAGUGUUGUUUCUCGAGCAUGAACGAAUAAUUUAUAAGCUCCGAUCUCUCCAACGGCGGCCGAACGCGCAAGACGGACGGAAGGUGCAUGACGCAUGACAGCAUAAGGUUGGAGUGACCUACCGGAAAAGGAAGUUUUGGGGGGUCAAAAUGAGCGCUGAUAUGAUGAAAGAUCAAUCAAAUUGUCGAGAGCUUCACUAAGGCAUCCCAGAUAGGGACCGGGAGUGGUGCUGGGGCGAUGGAGAUCGACGACGAGAGUCUCCUUGCUCAACGAAAGAAGGUUUGCCCCUUCUACGAGAUCCUUUUACCUGUCCUUGGCGACAGGGCCUCCGUCACUGCCCACCACGCCUCUUCGACCCUCCACGCCUCUCUCAAUCGUCCCGACAGAGAUCUCGCUGCUCUCGAUGGUUUGAUAGAGCGCCAAAGGGGCGAAAUGGCUGCUGAUGACUCGGAAGAUGAGUUGUCAGGAGAGGAUGGUGGUCUCUUUGGGGACGGUGCAGGUGAGGCUAGCGAGACCGAGUCAGAGGCAGAUGCUCCAAUCAUUGCAGCUAUCCGCAGGGAGAGCCGCUCUUCGUCUCAACCUGCACGGUCCUCAUCUGUGCUGGGCUCAGUGUCUACACCAAUCCGAGCCCAAACCCAGAGCCAGACAGCAUCCAUAAGGUCUUCCAGGGCAAAGGCUGUCUCGGCAGAUGACAAGAUGGAUGAGCUGGUCAUGAGGCAGGAGGGCAACGACGAUCGGCGGCAUCAGGAGCUAUUGGCCAUUCAAGAACGGAAAAUCUCCGUGCAGGAGAAACAUCAUGCAGACAUGGUGAAUAUCGCGCAGGAGAAUAUGACGAUAGCACGGGAGAAUGCGGCGACAGAAAAGAUGAAGAUGUUGGCGGAGAGCUGGAACAGGAAGAUGGAGAUGCUGAUGAGGUCUGGGAAAAGUUGGGAGGAGGCGAAAGUUAUGGUGGGGCCUGAGCCUGGAGCUCCCUCUCUAUAAUUAUGAUAUGCAUUCUCAGUCGUCUCU